AUGGAUCAGGCAGUUGUUUGGUUGAACCUUCAUGGUCACAUUACUGAGAGUCUUGUGGUUACUCAACCGGAACCGGGUGUUGUUAGGGAAUGGACUAAACCUCCGACAUCGUUUCUGAAAUGCAAUGUUGGAUCGUCCUGGUCUCAAGCUUCAACAGUUGGUGGAGCAGGAUGGAUUAUUAGAGACUCCUCUGGGAAAGCCCUGGUUCAUAGUCGACGAUCUUUCAGAGGUAUAUCAUCAUCGACGCAGGCUGACCUCAUGGCAUUAUCAUGGGCAGCAGCUGCUGUUGUUGACCUGAGAUUGAAGAAUGUGAUGUUUGAGUUCUCUUCACCAAGUGUGGCUGAAGUUCUUAACAACCCUCUGAUAAACCCUUUUAGCUAUCAUAACUGCUAUGAGGUAUUGCGGAAUGUCCAUGCAGUUGCGAGAUGUAGUCUUCAACUAGUUUCAACUUCUAGUAAUACUGCAGCCUAUGCUAUUGCGCUAAGUGUAACACCACUCGUAUGUGGCUAG